CUUCGGGUCCAGCGGAGCGUCCGCAGACUAAAAGCGACACGGGAGGCAGCUCAGCUGGCACCCAAUUAAAGCCAUCUGCUCCGGAGGGAACAAACAAAUCCAGCCUCUCCCGUGGUGGCGGCUGUUGUUGUUGUUUUUGUUUUUGUUGUUCCCUGAAGCGCUUUUCACAGACAUGCCUCACCUGAAGUUUUCCUUUGGACGGUGAAAAAAAGUUUGUGCUGGAGAGGAAGGACGCAGCAGAGAGACGCUUCCAAUGGAGAGAGGCUGAAACAACCCAUCCGGAUCUUCACAGUUUCACAAGGGCUUCGCUCCAGUGUGAGUUGUUAUGUCAAACCGUGACUCGCUGGGCUUUGGGGACUUACUUCCUCAGGAUGUGGUUCAGAUCUUUGCCCAGGAGAAGCACGGCAAACGAGGCCACAAGAAGCGCAGUCACUCCCUGGGCCGGGCUCUGGGCUGGUUGAAGGGCAAGAAGAGGAAGGAUCUCGCCAUACGUGGGCAAAAUCCGGGUCUGGGUCCCGCGCUCGACUUGGCGCUGGACGGACACUCGGGUGGGAAUCAGGGUGGAAACAAGGGAGGACAGAAGUCGGGAAGACAGAUGCAUCAACAUGGGAACAGUCAAGGUGCACCGAAGCGGAAUAAUGACGACAAGACCCCGGCACCGCCGCUGCUCCAGGAGAACGUCUUCAUAGAAGCCAGCAGGCCCAAGUACCUGGAGGACCUUCACACCGAGGCCCAGGAGGGACUGAAAAUGAUGCAGCAGGAAGAAACCAGUAUUGGAGUGGAGUACCAGGAUAACGAGAGCACAAUUUCGACAAUGACUGUGCAAACGGACGGAGAAGGUGGCGGGUUUACGACGGACAGCACCAUGGCCGACACGUCCUCUGUUGUCUCGGUUCAAUCGUCAGUGUCCACUCGUUCGUCCCGCUCUGGACUCACACGGCAAGGAUCAACAUUCAGGCCCUUGAACUCUGGGAAAAAGUCAGAAAAGACAAAAAGGAGAAGACACAGGAGAACUGUUGCGGGAAUCCCUCACCACGUUCAGAGAGAUCUGGGGUUGGACAGAGUAGGCUGGACAGUGGCUCAGAAGUUAGAAGAGGAACAGCUCUAUAAUGGUGAAACUGAUGAAAGUCCCACCACUGAAGGACCACAGCGAUCCGCAAAAUCACUAAAGGGAUACAGCGCUGGCCCCACAGAUGCUAAAGUCAUCCAGGCCCUCAACCAAGACCAAGUCAAGCAACUCAGUGCCACCCAUGCUGGUCAUAGGGACGAUCUGGCCCUGUUGCAACGCUUGGGUCCGGACUUGUCAGAGGGAGAGAGGCCGCGAUCGCUGGCCGUUCCCUGGAUGACGACCGCCAACAGCACCCAGCAGGAGCUGCCCAGUCCUGUCAUGUCCAUGUCACCGCAGGCUGCUUACAUGUCCAAGAUCAUUCCCAAUGCUGUUUUGCCGCCGUCCAUCGAGGUGGUGGAAAUCAACCGCGGGCGGAGUCGCAACAGCGUGCGCACCGUGAGCAAGAGCAGCCUGCUGCUCUCCAGCCCGGCACCGUCCCGCGCUUCCUCGAGGGCGUCUUCAUCCAGAACCACCUCCUCCAGAGCGUCGACCAUCACCUCUGCCUCUCGCCACAACCACCAGCAUCUCUCUGACAGUUCUUGUUGGAGCAACUCUGAGUCGUCAGAGACGUUGGUGUCCGACUCCUCGACCAUCUCAGGCAACAGCACGCCCAGACAGAAAAAGUCACGGAACGGUGAUUUUUCCUCUAAGGAGGACAAAGCCAGUGUUCACUCUUCUUCCAGCAAGGCCUCCAAAUGCACCUCUAAUGGCGUGCUCGUCGGUAAAGAGAAUGUGGUCAAAAAGGACGGGCAAUUUGUGCGUAGCCUGUCUGUCAUGAAAUCCAAGAAGGCCCCUCCUCCGCCAAGCCGCUCCUAUUCCCUUCACAAGAUGAAGCGACGAUCACGUGAUCUGGCAGAGGUCUCUGUGAUUUCAGUGGAAUCUUCUCGCCAAAGAAUCCCCCCCUUAGGUGAGGAAAAUGAGAAAAAUACAGCACUGUCUUCACCUUCAAUCAUAGACAGCCCAGGCUACAAUGCCGACACCAGUUCUCUGGACGACUCUACAGGCUCUGCGUCGUUCAGUCCCUUUAAAGCCCAAGCACUAAAGACGGAGGGCGCUGUAAAUGUUGAAGGACCAGUUUUCAGAGAUUCUUCAAAACAGAUGCAGGAAUCUCUCCAAGGGAAAAAGCCAGGCAAAGUAUCCCUGUCCAGUGGCUACUCCAGCCAAGAUCCCACAUCCCCACAGCUUUCUAAACCACCCCACAGCUCAUCUCCAAAACACAAGAGAGGCAUCUUAGCAAAGCUUCAGAAGUUAUUUCCUGGGUCUUCUGCUGGUUCAGCUCCAUCGCCUCUCACACAACCAGGUGCUCCAGAGAACAUUAAAAACAGAGAGGACGACAUGCCUGACACAGUUGACCUCAGUCCCUCAGUGAGGGCGCUGAGAGAACUCUUCAACAUCCCUCCGCCACCUAAAGUCCAUGCACCUCCACCCCCUCCACCUGAGGUGUGGGUUCACAGUAAGCGUUCGAUCGAGUUGCUUCUGGGACCUCCCGUGCCUGACAACAUCGACACUAUCAUAAAGAAGAAUCCAAAAGACCGGCGGCAGCAUAGGCACUCCCCGUGUCUGUCAACCGAGGGCAUUGUGAAGAGUUUAGUGGCAGACAGGAAACAGAAGAAUCCAGCUGUAACUGCAGAGUUACUCCACGUGUUGGAGGGAAAUAAAGUGAAUAAAGAAGAAAGUGUGACUUUGCAUGCAGAGAAUGAAAACGGGAAAAGUAAAAGACUGACUCAGAAUGUGGAUUUGAAAGGAAAUCAAGUCGUAGAAGCAGGUGAGAAGGCAAGAGUAAGUGACAUUUUAAAUGGGAUGUUAGUGAAGGCCGUAGAGAAACGUGAAGAAAUGCUGGUAGCAGCAACAAGAGAAGAAGAGCCCAGGAAGACGCCCACAGACACAACGCAAGAGGUAAAUAUCCAUUCAUUAGUACGAUUUUCUCCAUCCCCCUCUCCUACUGUGUCACAGCGUCCUCCCCAACCCCUCGCUAAACAGACUACAGUCACGCCGGUCAAAGCUGUUACAUCCCCCGAAUCAUCCUGGCCCCCGCCACCUCCUCCAAUAGCACAAGUGGGUGUCGAUGACGUAGAUUUUCCCCUUCCACCUCCCCCCUUCAUUGGUGAGACUGUGCAGGCACCACCAGAGACCACAACAAUAUCUGUGGUGAUCACAGAGGCAGAACCACAGACUCAACCACUGAGUAUCCCUCCUCCACCCUCGUAUGCAGCUCCCGCUCCGCCAGUUCAAACGGUGUCCCCUCCCACACUUAAAAAGGUCUGUCCACCACCUAUAGAGGUCUCUCUAUCACCACCUAAGGUGAUCUCUCCACCACCACCACCACCACCGCCUAUAGAGAUUUCCCUACCAUCAACUAAGGUUAUCGCUGCAUCUCCACCUAAGGUGAUCCCCCCACCACCUACAGAGGUCACUCUAUCACCGCCCAAGGGGAUCUCUCCACCACCGGCACCACCACCUAUAGAGAUUUCCCUACCAUCACCUAAGGUGAUCUCUACAUCUCCACCCAUGGUGAUCUCUCCACCACCGGCACCCCCUAUAGUGGUAUCCAUAACACCACCUAAAGUGAUCCCCCCACCACCAACUAAAGAGGCCUCGCUUCCACCGCCUAAACAAGUCUCUCCACCGUCACUGUCCGAAGAAGUCCCUCCUCCAUUGCCUCAAACAGUCUCUCCUUCACCACCCAAAGAGUUAUUACCACAACCACCUGAUUUCUUUCCUCCUUCACCCAAGGAGUCCUCUCCAGCACCACUUAAAGACGAUUCUCCUGUGAGGCCCAAACAGUCCCCUCUGCCUCAGGUUCAAGAUGUUCCAUGUCCACUGGUUAUUGAGGUGUCCCCUCUGCCUCCUAAAGAGGCCGCUGCUCUAUCUACCGAAGAGGUUGUUCUACUUCCUUCUCAAGAAAAUGCCACUCAAACUUCUGUAGAAGUAGUUGUUGGCAAGAUGGAACCACCAAAAAAUAUUCCACCUCCACCACCCGUACCAUCACAGCUCCAGUCGUCAGAGCAGGACAGUGAUCAUCUGAAAGAACCAGAAUGUGACACUUAUCCGGUUUCAUCUGACAGUAUUCUCAUUGCCCCUCAGAGUAUCCCACCUCCGCCUCACAUAGAGCCUCUGCACCAUGCUAAUAUCGUACCCACCAACUCUGAUGCUUCGACAACUAACGAGGUUCCACAGUUGCCAGCACCUGAAAUCUCAAUCCCACAAGUUCCUGAAGAACCUGCCGCUUCUCCAGUUGUAAUCCCUUUACCUCCACCAUUACCUGUACAGGCUCUUACCAGCAUUAAGUCUGAGCCUGGUGCUGCAUGCAAAGAAAACCAGAGCCAAGAGGUGACCUCUGCUCGUGUUGUACUGGAGGAACCUACUCCCAUUAUAACCCCCACCCUCUUGCAGAUGGUCAAGCUGCGGUCUGUCAGCAGCACUCCUGAGCCCCAUGAUGCUGAAGAGCACCCACAGGUUGAGGUCACAAUGAGGAAGGAGCAGCCCAGUAAUCAGGUCCCAACCAUAUCUACCAACGGAGAAGCUCCUCAAAAGCCCAUCAGAAAGUCUCUGAUAUUACUUUCACCCACAUCCACUUCUCCGCCAAUUCAAGUCACUUUAGAGCCAGCUUUAUCCAAACCCCAGUCUCUUGUGGCUCCAACUGAAUCUUUAUCCACAACACCCUCCCCUACCAAAAAGUCUCCUCCUGUCACAACGAUAUCUCCGUCCAUGAACCUACAGGAGGCCAUCCGCCUGAGGACUGCAGCCCGAUCGAAAGAGAACCCCGCGUCCCACCACAGCCUGCACUCGCCCAAGUCACCCGACCUCCGCACGUCCCCGAGGUCGCCGUCGAGCACAGCCAGUUUCAUCUUCUCCAAAAGCAACAAGAAGGUGGUGAUUGAGACCAAGCCGGUGUCGGAGGCCAAGACGAGUGUGCAGAACAAUCUGGAGGUUCUGUCUGUAACAAAGGCGGCGAGUGAAGUAGCGUCACUGGCGAAAGCGGCCAAGGUUCCGCCGCCGGUGGCAAAGAAGCCCAAAUCGAAGGCCAAAGAGAACGAGACGAUCGAAGGGACGGAGCAAACUGCAGGACAGGAAGCACAGAGCGAAAGUAUUCAGGACACUGCAGAGAAGACAAACGUCAGGACGUCAGGUACUGCUGAAGGAGGAGAAACGGCUUCGACGUGAUUGUUAAAGACUGAAGGAGCGACUGGGAAGGACUUAACUCGCGACACCUAAUUUACUGCAAGUUGUGCGAGAGACGAGGAAACCAGAUUUGGACAGUUGAGAUGCUUAUUUCAAAAAUUACCUUUUUUUUUUUAGAUAAUCAUUUGAAUGCGUUGUUUAUGGUGUGGGUCUUAAAAUACACAUUUUUGCAUUUUUAUUAAGACAAAAUGCUAUAGUUUGCUUUUUGCCAGAGGGCAUUCUGACUUUCUGUUGCAAGAGAUGGGAUUAUACUGCCCUCUAGUGCCAAACCAUGAUUGUACCACUUAUGUCCUGCUGAAUCAGAGCUUGUAGUAGCAACAAUGGGACUUAGGGGCACUCAUCUGUAAAUAGAGCAACACGUUGUACAUUUAUUAUAUCUGUGCGAUAGAGUUCUUUUCUAUAUUAUCUCCAAAGACUUUAAACAUCAAUUAUAUUUGUUAAAGAAAAAACUAUUAAUAAUCUUAAGUUAUUUUUCCUGUCACGUUCAGUUUAUGCUUAGAGGGGUCACUUCUUUGCAACGUUGAUGACUCAAGUUUGUUCUUAUAUCAAUUCUAUCCCAAAUUAUUUUACUUUAAAAAAAAAAAAGAAAAUAUUGAUUCAAAGCGAUUUGUAUGCGCACGACCACUGAUAUCACAAAAACAAAUGAGCAGAAAUGAAAUGACAAGUAAUACUGAUUAUGUUGGGCCACAUUUUCUGCUGCUUUUUUAGUUACGGAUAUUGGAGGCGUCGCCCUUUUUAUUUUCCACAGUUAUUAUGGCUCAAACAGUGGGGUGUUUCUGUGUUGGACUAUAUUUCAAAAUGCUCAAGACAUCAUCAUAAUGUAAUAAAUGAUCAUUUAUUAUGGAAUGAUAAUAAAGAUUUAUGGACAAAUUAAA